UCUUUGAUUCCUUUUCUAUUACCUUUACCGAUAAUGAUAUACGGACGACAAAAGUCAGAAAAAGACGACACAAAUGUACCUCUUUUUAAAAAUGUCAAAUAUUAUCUCCACAAGACGUUGAGUCUCAGAAAGCAACGCGAGCUUGAAAACAAGCUACAAGAACAUAAUGCUCAAAAAGCAGAAAACGAGCAAGAUGCGACUCACAUAAUUGCAACAAAGCAAAUUGAGCUGGCAAAAGAGCAUGAAAACGAACCGCCUUUCAUUGUUACGCCUGCAUGGGUUGAAAAAGCAGAAAAGAACAAGUUUGUACACGACGCGCAAUACUACUCGACUGAUCCGUCGUUUAUCUUUUCGGGCAUGGUCCUAACGGCAAUUGAUGUACCGGUAAAUGAUGCUGUGGUCUUUUGUGCUUCAAUGCAACAACUGGGAGGGCAAUAUUUGGAAAAAUACUCGCCAGAAACCACGCAUCUCGUUACUUCAUCAGCAAGAUCGAAAACGGUGAGAGAUGCUCUCGUAAAUGGAGCGUUUGUCGUUACACCACAUUUCAUUCAAGAGUGUAUCAAAUUUCGGCGACGUGUUCGCGAGGAUCCAUAUCAAUAUACAUGCGCAGCUCCUGAGGAUCCCUCAGCAAUGGUGAACGAGCCAGCUCACAUGGAUACAUUUGAAAAAAAUCUGGAAAGAGAAGUGGUCGAUACGAAAAAGGCAGAGAAGCAGUUAUACCAACCCAUCAACAAAGAUUCGCACCCCAUCUUUCCUCCAUACGAUUCCAAGUUCAACAAGCAGAAGGGCUACGUCAUUGACACUGGCAAGACCCCGCAACUUUACAUGUCUGGUGAAUGUCUCUAUGUUGAGCCAGACCUCAUCCCGGAAGUAGAGCUACUGGAUAGCUGGCUGGAUUAUCUGAAAAAGGCUGGUGCUACAAUCGCAAGCGAGUAUAACAAGGAUCAAGUUACGACCGUUGUUGUCAAGGAUCGCUCGACUCCGGUCUAUAAACAAGCUUCCAAGGAUGGCAAAGUUGUAGCUUCGACAUGGUGGUUGACUAACACAAUCAUGCGUGGCGAGAAACAUGCACCGACCAGCACCUUGGUGGAUUAUCCAAUGCCUAGAGGAGGUAUUCCGGGAAGUCAAGCUGUGAUUGUUACGAUAACCGGAUAUAGAGACACGGCAAGAGACUAUUUGAGACGACUUGCUAUUCACUGCGGUAUGGACGUACACAAUGGUUUGGCAAGAGACACGACGCAUUUAGUCUGCAUUAGCCAAGAUUCAGCCAAAUGGAGACCUGCCAAAAACAUGAACAUUCCUGUUGUGAAUCAUAUUUGGCUCGAGGAGUGUUUUAGAGACUGGACGAUCUAUCCUACCAGCGAUACCCGCUUUAUCCAUCUUCCCGCCAGUAGCGUGCUACGCACUUUGGUGGGAAAAACUGAAAUUGAUCUGGAGUUCAUGUCUCGCUGGUGGAAGGGCCACCAACCAGAGCAAUCCCACCUUCUACUUGUUAAAAAAGAUGCAGAAGAACAUGGGCCACAACAAAGUCGUCGUGAGGCUGCCAAAAAGGCUGGUGGUAUGAACAAUCGCGCUGCCAGGGAUAUGAACAAUUUCGAACGUGAAAACCGGGCAAAACGAACUCAAGGACCGCGACAAAAAGUGACAGCAGUAGAAAUGGAAGACCACGGGAUUGAAGAUAAAGAUAGUACCAACGAGCAAAAAGAAAAACACUUGAGCGCUAGUGAUGAUGGAGCAGAAAAAUCGACGUCCACCGAGGAAUUAUCCACUAAGAGUGUGCAACGCCACAAACGUCGAAACGGCGACGACGACAAUGGCGGUGAACAACAAAUUGCGACCAGCGAUACCGAUGCGCAACACAGCGACGGCGCUUCAAAUGCUUGUGGACAAAGAAGUAUCAAACGUCAAAAGAGCAAUAAGAGCAAGGACGAGGAAGAAACAGUAAAGGACAAAGACACCGAAAAGCAAAAAUCGCCAAGUCCAGCGCCGGAAGAACCAUCGUCUUCACGUCGUUCCCGAAGUCGAAGUAGCGAAAAAGAACCUGCGAAAAGAUCACGAAAAAGCACAGGCAAGAAAAUCAUUGAGGAGUUAAUAGAAUCAUCACAAGCGAUCAAAACACCUGAAAGACGAAAAGUCCUUUUCACCGGUUUCAUGAAAGGACCUAAAGAAACCAUUGCAAAUCGUAUCCAAAAAAAGCUCGGCGCUGACUCUGUCGAGGAUGUUGAAAAGGCAGACUGCGUUGUCGCUGGGAACAAGAUGGUACGGACGCCUAAUUGUCUAUCUGCCAUCAACUUGGGUCUCCCAGUAGUCACCGAGGACUGGGUGAACGACUCACUCAAAGCCGGCGAGUUACUCGAUACCGAAGAAUACGUCGUCAGUGACCCGGAGAAAGAAGAAAAGUACUGCUUUAACCUUAGGGAGUCGUUAGAAAUUGCACGGGAAAACCGUAAAACGGUAGAUAGAGGACACAUUAGAGGCACAUUGCUCGAAGGAUAUAAUGUGUUUUCUGUGUCGAGUGACAAAGAAACACGUAAAAGCCUAAGGCAAAUCGUCAAAUGCGCUGGAGGCGAGUUUGUUGAAAAGGAAGCGGAUUUGGAUCCAUCAAAUACCGACGUUACAUGGCUUGUGAUAUCCGAUCCAGACAAGAAGGGCGAGCAGGCGAAACGACAAGCAUUGAAAAAGAAAGGCUUUACCAUUUACGAUAUGGAAAUGAUCCUCACUGGAACUCUGCAGCAAAAACUUGAUCUGCAAAGGAUAAUUUAAAAUAUGUUGAAUGUUUAAGUAAUCGUGUCUAUCUCCUUGGUCACCUUGAUGAUCUUGUGGGUAGCAGACAUGUCUGUAAUAUAUGUAAUAUAGGAAAAAUUUCAAGAUAAAUAAGAGGGUGCUGCUUUGUCUAUGUCUACAAUCCAAG